CUUCCAGUCCACGUGGCAUGCGUCACCCUGCUGUGGCCACAGGGGGCGCUGUGCCCGCUCAGCGCAGAGGAUUGUGGGAUCGGAGGAGGCAGCAGCGGAGCAUCAUCAUCAUCACUGCCGGGACCGGGACUCUUGUGAGCGGACUGUACCGAGCCGGGAGCCGCUGAAGUGCCUUAAGAGCGGAGCCAUGGGACACGGAGACCUGAUGAGCCAGGCGGAGGAUGUGGCGGACCAGUUCCUGCGGGUGACCAAACACUACCUCCCCCACGUGGCGCGGCUGUGCCUGGUCAGCACCUUCCUGGAGGACGGCGUCAGGAUGUGGUUCCAGUGGGCGGAGCAGAGCGAGUACAUCGAGUCCACCUGGAGCUGCGGACACUUCAUCGCCAACGUCUUCGUCCUAAUCAACCUGCUGGGGCAGCUGGGUAAUACACACAUACACACACACACACACACACACACACACACACACACACUGGGUUUGUCUUUGUGUAGUUUUCAGUACAUGUUGAGGUACUGCAUACUUCAAUUGCAGACAGUGGCCUACAGCAUUCUGUGGGACCCAAAGUUCCUGAUGAGGAACCUGGCGUUGGGUGGAGGUCUGCUCCUCCUCCUGGCGGAGUGUCGCGGGGAGGCUCGCAGCGUGUUUGCAGGAGUUCCGUCCCUCGGCCAUCAGAGUUCUCCAAAGCACCUCCUUCAGCUGGGAGGAAGAGUGCUCCUCGUCCUCAUGUUCAUGACGCUGCUGCACUUUGACCUCAGCCUCUUCAGCAUCCUGCAGAACCUGGUGGGCACGGCGCUCAUCGUGCUGGUGGCGGUCGGCUUCAAGACGAAGCUCGCCGCUCUGACUCUGGUCGUCUGGCUGCUCGUCAUCAACUUCACCUUCAACGCCUUCUGGAACAUCCCGUCGUACAAACCCAUGCACGACUUCCUCAAGUACGACUUCUUCCAGACCACCUCCGUCAUCGGGGGCCUCCUGCUGGUCGUGGCCCUGGGGCCCGGCGGGGUCUCCAUGGACGAGAAGAAGAAGGAGUGGUGAGGAGGAGGAGGAGGGAGGAGGAGGGAGGAGGUGAAGCUGAGGCUCCAGGGACGAAAGAGAAGGAGUGGUGAGGAGGAGGAGGGAGGAGGAGGGAGGAGGUGAAGCUGAGGCUCCAGGAGUGGUUGAGGAGGUCUAAUGUCAUCACACACCUGUUAGUGAUGAUGUCACAUCAGCUUCUCUGUUGUCAUCAUCAGUCAUCAGCUGAUUAUUGAUGACAUCACAGCCAAACAUCAACAGGAGAAAAUUCAUCAAAUUAUUAAAAAUCAGGUUAAAACAACAUCAAUCAGAUAAACAUGUAAACAUGUAAACAAAUGAUGUCAUAGCUUCCCUGGUGUUCAGACUGGCUCCUCCCACCUGCAGGUGUGUUAACCUGUGUGUGUGUGCUGCUCUGAGGUCACGUACAGGUGUGCGCUUCAUUUACACACCUGAGUCCAGGUCAGAGCCACGCCCUCCUCCUCAUCCUCAGUUUCAGAGCGACCAAUCAGAGAUUCUCUCCGUGUCACAUGAUAUGUGUGUGUGUGUGUGUGUGUGUGUGUGUGUGUUUUUAAAUCCUUCCCAUCAGCAGUCUGAAUAAUCCAGUUGUAGUGACGGAGGCUGUCCAGCAGGUGGAGCUGUUUACUCUCCUGUGUUCUGGUUUGUUGGUUUUAUUUGCGUGUCAGUGUGACGAGCCGUCUGCUCCUGUGUUUGUCUCUCAGUAUCUAUAAAGUUGUGACAAAGUGAAAUAAUUUUCUAUGAUGUGUUUUUGUAGGAGAUGUUUAAUAAAUCAGUCGCAUUGUGAA